CAUCACCUGGACAGGCUAGAAUCUCCACUUUCCAGGUAUGUCACGUUGUAAUCGUGAAAAAUCUCAACACUUUUACCGUCAUCAAUUUUGAAAUGAAGAAAUGAAGUAAGAAUUGGCCUCGUAAACGACAAAUAUCGCAUGAAAUAUAGUACUGUACCGAGAAAAACGGAAUAGAGAAUAGUGCUGACAUUCAAAGCUUGAUCCAAGAUGGUCGACCACAACAGGACGGGCUCACAAGUCGAAGAUAUGGUGAUGGCCUUGGUUGAUGCAGCCAAUGACAAAGAUGCUUCUGUUGUGGAAAUGGUGAAGGUGUCUUUGCUUGCCAUUGGACUUGAGAAACCAGAACUUGUCUUGGGCAUUUGUAAGGACUACAUUUUGAAGCAUCAUAAGAUGACCAAGGAGCAUCGUGUCGUGCUGCUUGAGUCAAUGGAGAAAAUCCUCCAUGAUAAAAGGGAAGAACUCGAUGCUGAUCUUGCAAAGGAACUUUUGAAACUUGCAUUCCAGGAAAUGACAAAGUCAAAGGAAAUUCAUCCUAAGUGGCAAACGGCCGCGUCACUCGUCAUCGUGUCGGUUGGAAAAACGUUCAAACAUGAAGUAAUGAGUGAGCUGCUUGAGAACCUCGUACCCGGGACUCCUCCGCACUACUUUGUCAUUUUGACGCUGGCGAACUUCGCCCAGGCUGACGCGUUCGCUCUUGUUCCUUUUCUGAAAGACAUUCUUGGACGUUUACUUCCAAUGUUGAUGCUCACCAAACAAGAUAACAUGCGAUGGGUAUUUGCGCAUUGUUUUUCUCGAUUCUCGGAAAGCAUUACUUAUUAUUUGGCAAACAUUGAGAGCACCGAUCACAACGACAUAAAACAGAAUACAUUCGAAGGCGAGAUGCAAUCCGCUUAUGAAAUCUUGUUUAAUGUUUGGAUAAAAAGUAACGAGCCAAAGGUACGACUUGCAAUAAUCGAAGCAAUUGGUUACAUGUCUCACCUGUUACCGCGAGAGAAGCUCUCUGAACAGCUACCUCGAUUGUUUAGUGGGAUUAACAGCUUAUACAAGAAACAUCCAGCCGGAAAGCACUAUACGAUAACAAUAAGCUUAUGUCGAGUUCUUGAAGCAGCAGUGGCCGAUGGCGAAGACAUGCUGACUAUGCAUUUAGAUCAUUUGUUGAACGAUGCUUUUGACAAGGCUUGCGUCAUGCCGGACUUUAAUAACCCGGAAACUGUGAAGAAUUCGAACGAAGUUCUUCGAUGCUUCGAUACACUGUGCAAAGUAUUCUCAGAUCGUAUAAUAUCGUUUCUGCUGUUAAAACUUGACAAAUCUGGCGAGAAGGGGCGAUUGGGAAGUUUAUCUGUGUUAAAACAACUUGUCAACUUUUCAGGGGCUUAUCUUGAAAACAAGAAACCUAUUUUGGUUACCGGUGUUCAGGUUGUCGUCAAUGACACGAGCUUAAAGGUGAAACAAAUGCUUGCUCAACUGAUCGCAGCCAUGGCGCAUCAUGGGUAUCUUAAUCUAGAAGGAGGCCAAAGACUCGUUGAAUUCAUCGUCAAACAAUGCGCCAUCAAUGUUGAGGAGGAGAAACAAAAGAAGUCUUCCGAAAGUGAUUCUGUAUCGAACAAGUCUAUUCAGGCCAUGUGUGAGAGCAUUUUACGGCUCGUAACGACGACCAUUGAACAAAUGGAAAACGUUCUAUGGCCGUACCUGUUGGAGUUUCUUGUUCAUGCCGAAUACACGUGCGCCAUAACUUCCGUCUGUCAAAACUUGUGUAUUUUAGCGGGAAAGAAACGCGAACGUGAUUUAAACGAUUUUUCAAUAAAUUUUGUCCAACAUGUCAACUUACCAAAGGCUGUACCGAUUAUGGCGAGACUUCUAGUGCUGGCUGGACAUCCAUUCACGGGGAAAGAACGUGGAAAGCACGUGCUCAGUUUGCUUCUGCUACUCUCCCCCAUCAUACAUUCAAAUGUGAACGAACUUUGGACGACUAUCAUUCCAAAGCUGACUCAAUACAUUGACGAUAACGAAGAAGGCGAAAAGGAAUGGGAACAAAAAUCUUGGGAAGAUUUACUCCUGAAGUUCUUCUCAAGAACUUUGGACGAGGUCGAUGACGAGGACUGGAGUGUGGCGGUGGGGACAGAAUUGGGAAAUCAAAUACCACUUUACAACAAUCAAUCUAAAGAUAAGAAUUUUCUUUACAAAUGCUCCGGUGUCGUCAUGAAAGUUGUGUCAAAGAAAUCGUUCAUUCAGAGUCAACUUUCCGUCAUUUUUUCUUCAACAAAGCACGCUGAUAAAGACGAAAAGGAGGGUUGCGCCAUUGCGUACGGUUUCUGUGCGUCAAAAAAUCUCGAUGAGGUGCUGUUGAAACUGGAAACAAUUACCAAAAAUGAAAUGGUCCCAAAAUCGUCUGGAUUUCUGGGUUUGAUGAAGGACAAAUCCUCAGUUGACGUUGAAAGAAUCAAAAGCACGGUCAUGUGGUGUUUUGGUUACGUUGCUCUAUACGGUCCACCGAGUUUGAUUGCUUCAAGAUUAGAAACGAGUGUUUAUCGUGUAAUCAGUCCACAUUUGGCUCAACCUAAGGAUUUAGGAGUAAGACAAAGUUUAAUCCAUUGUGUCGAGUUGAUUGCCAGAGCGUGUCAUCCAAAUCAUUUACAACAAGCAAAAUCUACUUUUUCAAAGCGGAAAGAAUUACUGCAACAUAUGAUUAACUACAUUAACAACGAAUCACAUUCGACAAUUAGUACGGAAACAAGAGGAAUUGCUCUCAAUGCAUGUACUCAACUUAUAAAACUUGAUCCGAAACUCUCCGAAGAAAGUAUUGAAACUUUGGUUUUAUCGACGGCCAGAUCUGUAUACACCGUCGUAGUUGAUGAGAAAACUACUGCCGAUGAGUUGGCAAAAGAUUCUCCUCAAAAAUUAUUCGCGGCUGCUUUGGAGGCCCAUGAUGAUUUGAUGAGUGAAGUUGUCCGCAAAGAUCCGUCUCCUGUGACAUUGGAUAAACUUCUCAAGUGUCUUCACCAACCUUGGUUGUGCAGUGACGCGGAAAUUACGAGACAAAGAUCGCUGAAAACGAUGAUCAGAGUUUUGCAAACCUACGAAGAGGUUGUCGCACCUACUUCUGAGGACAACUUUUUCGUUUUUGGCAACGUCUUGGCUUAUUUUGUUCCUCGUUGCACGGAUCCUUGCACCGGCAUUCGACAGGAUGCAUUGUCUGCAGUCCAAACGGCUUUGUCUAUCGCUGCUAAAUAUGACAAAGACAAGGCGAACCAAGAAAAAAAGGAGAAAUUGACGAAAGCGUUUGAUGUUCUGAAGCAAAGAGCUCAAGAUGAUGAUAGUAACAUUCUGUUUUCAGUUGCCAAUGAUCUGGCGAAGUUCCUCAGUAAGAGAGUGAGUGGUGAUCAACUUUCAUUUUUAAUCAACGGUUUAAUCGAAGCUCUCAGUGAUACGCAGACUCAUAGUUCGAGUGGCGCUUGUGUUGUUCUCAACAGUCUAUUUCGCAUACGUGGAUCAGAGCUUGGUGGAGAGAUUCCUUCCUUGGCUACAAGAAUUCACAAUAAACUACCUGAAAUUACUCAUAUAAAGACGCGAACGGGGACGUUGCGAUGUUUUCGUACUCUUGGCAGUCAUCACUUGGUCCCGUUGUUGAAGACCUUGCUCGAUUUCCCCCUACCCAUGAACUGGGACACCGUUGAUAUUUGGAAGAGUUUAGGGGGAGAGCCUUCUCUUGUUCCAGAAGUACUGGAUCAUCUUGUCAAUUUAUUGAACGUCACGCUACCGUAUCAGGAGAAAAUAGGGAAAGACGACAGUAAGAAAAGAACAGCUACGCUACUUGCUAUGGCGGUCACUUACGCCUUCAACGAGUUGUUUUGGUCGGAAGAAAUCACAGAACUUGUGUCGAAACAGUUUCCAAGAUUAUUUGCGUGCCUCUUGAUACGAAUCGGUACAUGCAUCGAUCUUCAACCUCCCGUUUUGUCGAAAGAAAAGAAAGACAAGGGGAAGUCACCUGAGUUGCAACCUUUGAAGUCAGCAUUGGCUACGAUGAAAAUAUUCUUAAUCCGCAGUCAAAGACUCGAGCUGUCCGAGUUUCUUGAUGCUGAAGAAAUCUGGAAUAUGUUUGAGGACGAGGAAACAUUUCCCGAAGGUGUUUGCGGUCUCGCGAGAGGUGUAUGCAAGACCGAAGCACAACAUGUUCGGGAUUUGAUCAAUGUGUUUACUCCAGUCAUGUCGAGUGCGUACGACAAUCAACGAGUUGUGGUCACAGCAUUCUUUUCUGAACUAAUCAACUGUCAGUGCGGUGGGGAACUGGAACUAGUGGAUAUGAUCGUUGCAAACAUGAUGGGACGUUUGGUCGAUAGCAAUCACGUGGUUCGCAAGUAUUGCAUUCGAGGCCUGGGAAAUGUUGGCAACACACAUGAAACUAUGGUUCAAAAACACGCCACAACCAUACUAUCUGCAAUGAUGACGGGAAUGGACGAUCGUGAUGACCCGGAGUCCGAUCUCACCCUCGAAGCAAUGGCGGGCCUAUCGAAAAUCUUAGCUGUCGUCGAUGAGAGCAACGUUCGUCACAUUUUCAUUAAUAUUUGUCUUCGUAUCCGACCUUGUUUCAUAAAGGUUUGUGCCUUUACGUUAUUCGGGAAUCUCUCAAGAUUUGGUAACGGCCCCUCGAAGGGUCCGUUCUUGGAACAGAUUCAUGCAAAUUUCGUGACUCUCUUGGUUCAUAUGAAUGAAGAGCCGGAAGUGACCAAGGCAUGCAAAUGUGCUCUACGAAAACUGGCGCCAUUGAUGGGCUCACAAGCUAUCACCGACAUGUUCCUCAAACAUCUUCUAGAGAACGCAAACCUACAUUACGGAGAGUUUAUGAGAGAUUUGUCAAGACUAAUCAUUAAAGACCUAAGCGAUAAGGUUGACUUCUACAUCAUGACAUGCGUGACGUUUUUCAAGAGUUCGCUACCGGAAAUACAGUGUAACGCCGCCAUAUUGUUAGGGUUUCUUCUUGGUAAUUUACCUGAAAACAAACGCUUGACGAUUUCCAAAGAAUACGUUUGCGGAGCGUUAAUUACCUUGCUGAAAGAUACAUCGGCAAAUGUGAGGUGUAAAGCCGCUGAAGCGAUGAGCCUUCUGUACGACUACUAGCAACAUCAAAAUCCAGCUUGCUUGACUUUGUCCUACUGUGUUUCACUUUGUCAACAUAGUAAGUGCGUCUGGCAAGUCAUACAUUAUUCUCUCUGAAGGGAGUUAAGUUAUUAAUCAACUGGAAAUAUUUAGUGGUAGCAUAGAUUAGUCGGAGCUACAUCAUUUUUUAUGAAUGAUCCAAGCUGAAUGACACUGAACGAAAUAUUGCAAGUUAUAGUUUCUUUCCCCUCAUAAAAAAAUUUGAACAGUGUGAAGCAAAGUAUUCAUGACGAUAUGCCCCGUGUUGCAUUUUCUAUCUGGUGAAGUUUUCAAAAUUAUUUAAUCAUUUAUAGUUUGUUCAAUAAAUUUUGUGAAAAAUAA